GAAAAUUUUCGGGAAUGGGGCUAUUGCUUCCCAGGAUUCAGCCGUUUGCCAGGGUCCCACAACCUCCCAUGCUGGGAAGAAAAGGAGGAAGAGGUUGGCCCAGCUUUUCAGAAGGGUAGUUGUGUGGCAAAGAGGAUGUGUAGGACUGCUCUAGGAACGGGGGCUACUCGGGUCCUGGGCCUCUGGAGUUUUUGCAUCAAUUAAAGCAAAUAAUGCUCUCUGUUUUCCAGCAGACCUAGACAAGCGAUUGGCGGAGGCCAGUCUCGUGACCACGAAUUCCCUGCAAUUUCGCUGGAGUCCUGGGCUUAAUAGAGAGAGUCCCCAUACGCUUGUAUUUAUCAGCAAUAUAUAAUAAUAAAGGCUCAAUUUUUUAAAAAAAAAAAAGAGCAAGAGAGAGCGAGAGCAAAAUCUCCCCCUCCCAAAAUCGCUCCACUGCAGAAACCUGGGGGGGGCAGGAGGGGGGGUCCCUUCCGAUCCUCCCUCCUGGCGCCCCCCCAGCAGCCCCCUCCCCCACCACUGAAAGCCAUGAAUUUUGAAUUUGAGAGGGAGAUUGGUUUUAUAAACAGCCAGCCAUCGCUCGCCGAGUGUCUGACUUCCUUCCCCGCUGUCUUGGAGACAUUUCAAACUUCAUCAAUCAAGGAGUCGACAUUAAUUCCUCCUCCUCCUCCUUGUGAGCAAACCUUCCCCAGCCUCCAGUCCAGCGCCUCCACCCUUCAGAGACCCGGGAGCCAAAAGCGAGCCGAAGAUGGGCCUGCUCGACCGCCACCCACGCAGCCCCCGCCGCCUGUCCCCGCUGCAUCCCCGGCCCCCGAGUUCCCCUGGAUGAAAGAGAAGAAAUCCACCAAGAAACCCAGCCAACCCGCCUCGUCGCCGGCCCCGGCCGCAGCCUCUGUCCCGGCCUCCGGGGUUGGCUCGCCCGCAGAUGGGCCCGGACUGGCUGAGGGCGGCGGCGGCAGCAGCGGGGCGCGCAGGUUGCGCACGGCGUAUACCAACACGCAGCUGCUGGAGCUGGAGAAGGAAUUCCACUUUAACAAGUAUCUGUGCCGGCCGCGCCGCGUCGAGAUCGCAGCCCUGCUGGACCUCACCGAAAGGCAGGUCAAAGUCUGGUUCCAGAACCGGCGCAUGAAGCACAAGCGGCAGACGCAGCAGCGAGAGCCGCCCGACGGGGAUCCCGCUUGCCUGGGAGCGCUGGAGGACGCCGGCGAUGCCGCCGAGGAAGCCGCAUCCAGCCCAGGCGGCCCCUCCGCCUCCCGGGGGGCGCUGGACGUUCGACUGGGCUCGGCUCAGAUCGCGCCGGGACUCCCAGGGGUGCCGGGCCCCGGGCCGGAGGCUGCGGGGACGCCGAGCCCCGAGUGCGCGCUGCGCAGAGGCGGCGCGCUGGACACCGAGCCUUCGCUCGAAGACGGCUUCCUGGAGCGCCAGGACUCGCCUUUCCUGCCCGACCUCAGCUUCUUCGCCGCAGACUCCUGCCUGCAACUGUCCGGGGAAGGCCUCUCGCCCCCGGCGCAGGGCUCGCUGCACAGCCCGGUCCCUUUCUCCGAGGAGGAGCUGGACUUCUUCACCAGCUCGCUGUGCGCCAUCGAUGUGCAGUUUCCCUGACGCGCGCGUCCUCCCAGCGUCCCGGCCCGCGCUCCGGGCGGCCGCGGGGAGAACCAGCCUUCUGCACCCCCAGUCGCAUUUACUUAUGUUUUUACUAAACAUCCAGGUACUACUGAAUUAGCGUUUCAUCCACUCCUUACUUCGUUAUUUUCAAAUCACGCAAAAGAAAAAAAAAGAA